ACGACUGAUAAGGAGAACGCGGACCUGCGGCGAGAGCUGGACCUGAUGCACGCCCGCUUUGCGCAGGUUAGCGAAGAGAACGGCCACCUGCGAGCUGAAAACGGCCAAAUCAAGGUCGAUAUGGCAGAGCUGCGCACGGUGGUCAACGACCUGGUAGAGAAGCAGCGCAGCUCGGCCCCCGUUCCCCCUCCGCCCGAAGUGGAAGAUGAAAGCGAGGCCGAAGAGCUGAGGCGGCAACUCUUAAUCUCGGAGGCACGCAGCUCCAAGGUGGAGCGUGCGAGACCGCCCCUCGCUCACGAGGCGAAAGGCGCUGCCCCCACACCGGCACCCCGAAAGAAAAUGGCCGCAAAAACAUAUGGCGGUCCCAAAAAGGAUGCGACACCAGCGGCACGUUCGGCCGCUUCAGCUGCUGCUCCGGCCAAACCCGGAUCAUCGGCAAAGGAUACGGGGGCACCAAAACCCGCCCCCUCAAGGGCACCUAUCACCGGCCAGCCCAAGACCCAGAAG